AUGGUCACCUAUAUACUUUAUGGCUUCCGUUGGCACAGAGCGCCCAACCCCUUAGCUCCAGGUAUACGCGCUUACAUAGCCCUCUACAACCUUCUCGACGCAGCUGCGGAGUACCUCCAGCACCCGACUACAACGGCAGCAGUCCUCAAUUCAUUCAAGCUCCUUGACCCUGACAUCCUCACUCAUCUCCCUAAUCUCCAACUUAUUGAACAGUACGACCCUGAGGACCUUAGCCCUGACGCGGUAAGCCAACCAUAUGCAUACGUCGCAGCAAAGACCAUGACUAUGGGUGCAGAGGCCUUAUCCGGUGCGGGGCUAGGAUUAAGGGUCCAGGAGAUUCUACAGCAGGACCCGGGCUUGUCAACGGCUGGGAGUGAAGUAUUUAGGAAACUUAGAAAUGAACUCGCGCCUGAUGCGGAGAUUGGCUGGUUCGUUGUUUACAAUGGAGAUCCAGAGCGUUCAUUUGAGGAUUCUGACGAAGAUUCUCCUGUCGAUGACGGCGAGGAUGAUGUGAUGGGUUGUCGUGACAGCGAAGCUGCUACUGCUGAUCCUGUCGAUUCUACGACCCGUCUGGCAAAAUGGUAUGCCCCAUACAAUGACGAUGAGAAAGUAAAACUAAAGGGAGAGGUCCACCGCCUCAUUGCCCCUCGAGAUCAAAAAUAUCAAUCCAACUUUGUCGAGUUCCGUCGCAGCACGAAGAUCGUUUAUAGGCGAUAUGCGGGCCUAUUCUUCUGCGUCUGUGUCGAUGCGAAUGAUAAUGAAUUGGCAUACUUGGAAGCCAUACACUUUUUCGUGGAGGUCCUCGAUCAGUUUUUCGGCAAUGUUUGUGAGCUUGAUUUAGUUUUCAACUUCUAUAAGGUUUAUGCUAUUCUCGACGAGGUGUUUCUCGCUGGCGAGGUUGAGGAAACAAGCAAACAGGUUGUGCUGACAAGAUUGGAGCACUUGGAUAAGCUUGAAUGA